AUGGCAUCUUUGUCGCAAGAUUACGGAUGCUUACCAAAUAUCCGCCUUCGUGAGAUAAAAGUACGCGAGAUUAGUACCUUUCCUUGGAGAACGAGGUGUAUACCUAGACUCGAGCUAAACGUUUGCGUUCACUCUGUUACAGUUUGCAUUGGAACCAAUGGCCGCCUCUCCGUUCCGUCCAACAAGCAACAUCACUACCGGAAUCUUCGAGACCGGUACACCAACUGUACUUAUGUCGACGGCAACCUGGAGAUCACAUGGCUGCAGAACGAGACAUUCGAUCUCAGUUUCCUGCAAUAUAUACGGGAGGUCACCGGUUACGUGCUCAUCAGCCACGUGGACGUGCAGAAGAUCGUGCUGCCGCGGUUGCAGAUCAUUCGCGGUAGAACUCUGUUCAAGCUCACCAUUCACGACAUCGAGUUCGCCUUGUUCGUCACGAUGUGUCAGAUGCACAACCUGGAGAUGCCGGCCCUCAGAGAUAUCCUCAACGGCAGCGUGGGCAUAUACAACAACUACAACCUGUGCCACAUCCGCACGAUCAACUGGGACGAAAUAAUCACCGGUCCGAAUGCAACGUACUCCUACGUGUACAAUUUCACGUCGCCGGAACGCGCCUGUUCGCCGUGCGAUAAGAGCUGCGAGCAAGGCUGCUGGGGCGAGGGGCCUGAGAACUGUCAGAAGUACUCGAAGACAAACUGUUCGCCUCAGUGCUGGCAGGGCAGGUGCUUCGGGCCGAAACCGCGGGAGUGUUGCCAUCUUUUUUGCGCCGGUGGCUGCACGGGACCGAAACAGAGCGACUGCAUCGCUUGCAAGAACUUCUUCGACGACGGUGUAUGCACGCAGGAAUGUCCGCCCAUGCAAAAGUACAAUCCAACGACGUACUCGUGGGAGGCUAAUCCCGAUGGGAAGUACGCGUAUGGUGCAACCUGCGUGAGAAGGUGUCCCGAACACCUUCUGAAAGACAACGGUGCUUGCGUAAGAUCGUGCCCGCCAAAGAAGAAGGCAAUGAACGGCGAAUGCGUGCCCUGCGAUGGCCCUUGCCCGAAAACCUGCAAAGGCGUGGAGAAAGUGCACUCGGGUAACAUCGACAGUUUCAAGGACUGCACUAUCAUCGAGGGUUCCAUCACGAUACUGGACCAGAGCUUCCAAGGCUUCCAACACGUGUACAGGAAUUUCAGUUUCGGCAAACGCUACGAGAAGAUGCACCCUGACAAGCUGGAGGUGUUCAGCACGCUGAAGGAGAUCACCGAGUUUCUGAAUAUACAAGGCGACCAUAAGGAUUUCAAGAACUUGUCGUACUUCCGGAAUCUGGAGGUGAUAGGCGGAAGGACCUUGACGGAGUACUUCGCCUCGUUGUACAUCGUGAAGACAUCGCUGGUCUCGUUCGGGCUUAGCUCGUUGAAGAAGAUUUAUUCCGGAUCUAUAGCCAUUUUGGAGAACAAGAACCUGUGCUACGCGCAGAGCAUCAAUUGGACGAGGAUCAAGAAGUCGUCGGAACACGAGAGCUUGCUGUCGAAUAAUCGGAACGAGAGCGAAUGCAUUAAGGAUGGCCUCGUGUGCGACGAGCAAUGUUCCGACGAGGGCUGUUGGGGGCCCGGUCCAGCGCAAUGUUUAUCCUGCAAGAACUUCAUUCUCGGGAACGACUGUGUCCAAGACUGCACGGCACCGGGAAUCUAUCAGGCGGACGAGAAGACCUGCAAGGUGUGUCACGAGGAGUGCGAUGGUUCUUGCACCGGGCCGAACCCGGAGCAUUGCAAGAAAUGCAAACACGCCCGGGAUGGCCCGUACUGCGUGCCAGAGUGCUCGUCCUCCAAGUAUUAUGACAACGGUCAGUGUAAAAGCUGUCACGAGAACUGCGUGGGUGGUUGCGAUGGACCUGAGAACAACAUAGGCCCUAAUGGAUGCCACAGCUGCGAUAAGGCGAUCAUGAACGGUCAUGUACCUGAAGGAUGUCUGCAAAAAAAGGAACCCUGUCCUGACGGAUAUUACCUGGAAUGGGUGAGUCUUCAAGAGCAGGGAGCACCGAAACCACUGACAAGCAAGGGCGUUUGUCGCAAAUGUCAUCCCCGGUGUAAGAAAUGUACAGGGUACGGUUUUCAUGAGCACGUGUGUCAAGAAUGUACAAAAUACAAGAAGGGCGAACAAUGCGAAGACGAGUGCCCAGCGGAUCACUUUGCGGACUCGGAUACCCAGCUUUGUAUACCUUGCUUUAGCGAGUGUCGAGGAUGCUCUGGACCGGGCCCGAAUCAAUGUUACAAAUGUCGGAACUACAAGAUCUAUACUGAUGAAGAUGUAGACGGAAACACCACGUCUUUCAACUGCACGGAAACGUGUCCUCCGGAGUACCCUCACAAGAUCUUCCCUCCGGACAGCGAGCCAUACUGCUCGUUGGAAACCGUGGGUCUCGGAUUUCAAGUAGAAAACGAGCUACAACCAGCCAUCUUAGCAGGUGUUGCAGUGUUCGCGUUAGCAUUCCUCGUUGUAGCGUCGGUGACUAUGUAUUUCUGGCGUGUACGAGCCAAAGCUAAGGAGAACACCGUGAAGAUGACAAUGGCUUUGACUGGAUUGGACGACAACGAGCCUCUUCGUCCAACUGGCGUGAAACCGAACCUAGCAAAAUUACGUAUCAUCAAGGAGGAAGAGAUGAGAAAGGGCGGAAUUCUUGGUUACGGUGCAUUCGGGAACGUUUACAAAGGGGUUUGGGUACCGGAAGGAGAGAACGUGAAGAUUCCAGUGGCUAUCAAGGUUUUACACGAUGGUACAGGGGCAAACACGUCAAAGGAAUUUCUCGACGAAGCGUACAUCAUGGCCAGUGUAGAACACCCGAAUUUACUUCAGUUACUGGCUGUUUGCAUGACGUCGCAGAUGAUGCUGGUGACCCAACUAAUGCCUCUGGGCUGUCUGCUCGACUUUGUGCGCAGAUUCAGGGAUAAAAUCGGCUCGAAAGCGUUGCUAAAUUGGUGCACGCAAAUUGCCAGAGGGAUGGCUUAUUUAGAAGAGAGAAGACUAGUUCAUCGUGACUUGGCGGCUCGGAACGUUCUUGUCCAAACGCCCAACUGCAUCAAAAUCACCGACUUUGGCUUAGCCAAGCUGUUGGACAUCAACGAGGAACAGUAUAAGGCCGCCGGUGGGAAAAUGCCGAUAAAGUGGCUGGCUCUGGAAUGCAUUCAACAUCGAGUAUUCACGCACAAAUCGGACGUUUGGGCUUUCGGCGUGACUAUUUGGGAGGUGCUCACCUACGGUGGUAGACCGUACGAGAAUGUGCCUGCCCGAAACGUGCCAGAGUUGUUGGAGAAGGGCGAGAGGUUAUCUCAGCCAGCCAUCUGCACGAUCGACGUGUAUAUGAUCAUGAUCAAGUGUUGGAUGUUGGAUGCAGAGUCCAGGCCUAGCUUCAAAGAACUGGCAGAAGACUUCGCGAAGAUGUCUAGAGAUCCUGGCCGAUAUCUUGCCAUCAAGGGUGACAAAUACAUGAGGCUACCUUCGUAUACACUGCAGGACGAAAAGGAGAUGAUACGAAAUCUUGCAUCAACCAUGGACGGUCCCGAGGCUUUGGUAGACGCUGACGAGUAUCUACAGCCAAAAUCUAGAGCCCCUAUUCCACCAGGACUUUCGGUAUCAAGUACUUCCGGCUCCCCACCGAAUAUACCCGUGAAAACUUGCUGGCCAAAUGGAAAGCCGUUGGCUACCGAUUCCCCUACGCCUCAGAAUCAACAAAAUUGGGACAGAGAAUUGUUGAGGUACGGCGCGAAUCACAGGAACGGAAAUGUAUCACACGAACCAGGGAAUUCCGGUCAACAUGGCCAUUACGCGCCUCCGAAUGGCCACUGUGGACACGUAGUGGGAUCCGAUACGACCACUUCGAGAUACUGUUCCGAUCCAUUAAAGAUGAUCGGUGUCAGAGAUUGCGACGUGACAGAUGACUGUUUCGACGGCGAAGUGAACUCUGCGCACCAACAGGCUCAAGUAGGUAAUCUGAAGCUCGACUUGCCAUUAGACGAAGACGAUUAUUUGAUGCCAUCGCCGCAAUUGCCAACAAACACGACGCAGUAUAUGGAUCUCAUAGGGGACUCGAAACCUACUGAAAUGGAACCAAAGCGAGUGAACAACGGUUACCGAAAAUACCCCGAAUUCUUGACUAUUCAAGCGAAAACGUCGCUGGAUAAUCCCGAGUAUAUAAUGUCUCAAGAGGAAGGACCUUUAACCCCUCAAACUUUAGGUAUACCAACACCUGACCUGGAGAAGGUUUUAACGAACGGAACGUUCGGGUCUCAGGUGAGACAAAGGAGUUCCGAGGAAGAAUCUGACCACGAGUACUACAACGAUUUCGAUCGCUUGGAACGAGAAUUACAGCCGCUAAAGCCACUUAGGAAGAACGAGACGACCGUUUGAUUAAAAAUUUCAUGAAACGACAUCGAAUAUGGACUUUUACGUUGUGGUUCCAAGCUGGAAUCGUGAAGCCGGUAUCGUCCGAUCGUCUGUUGAUCGAGGAACGAUCUCAAACGCAACGUAUGUAAACACGAGCACGAGUUGACGUUUAAUACAGACGAGUCCGGCUCCUCGUGCUCGAGGAAACUUCAUAGUGUACUUAGAAAGGACACUUCGCUCAAAAGUGCCGUGUUUUGAUUGUGAUUAGACGUAAAACGUGUAAAACUGUGCUAAUUUCUCUUAUCAGCAAACUCUGACUAUCGCGACCAUGGACUAUUGUUGCCCGCGUGCGCAAUAAACAAGUAGUGCAAAGAUAAUCUUAAUGUGCCAUUUACCGUGGCUUGUAAAUAAAAGAAAAAAAAAAUGAAGAAAGUACUGUUUACCACUUUUAUAAGGCUAUUAAAUAUUUAGACAACGACGUGCAGUAAAUGGCAUAAACUAUUGUUUCCCUCUUAUCUCUGUCUUCGAUCUUUUACGCUAUCUUUUAUGAUCCAUACUCGUCGUAUUCUUUUAUCUUGUUUAUUCCUCCUAUCUAUUAGAGAUUCCUAUGUAAAAACUGUUAAAGUACAGAGAAUCGUUUAAAAGCGCGAACCUGAAUUUUUAGCAUUCGAUUUUAUUCCCUCCGUUAAAAUUAAUAUCCGUGAACUCACUUUAGAUCGCGGAGAUAGCUAUUUCAUGCGAUCGAGUACGAAUCAUAAGAUGUGAAAAAUUGUACACGGGGCAGUUCAAAAAUAUAUGCGGAAGUUGAGACGCAAAAUUUACGCUGUCUCGUGUUGCGAUAUAUCCAUGCGGUUCGCCCUUGACUGUGAUAAGAAACGUUCUACUGUUACUCGAGAACACUUAAACGAAACAUCUUACUUGUUUAUCGAUCCUUCCUUGCUUUCUCUUCUUUUAUAAUAUUCGCAGUAAGCUAUGACAAUGCAACGAAAUUGUCCUAAUUUACUGCCUAAAUCGGUAAAGUGUUUCCGAGUCGCAACGCGAGGAUCGACCGGAAUCCAGGGGAUUCAUCGAAACGAAACCCGAGGGGAGAUUUAUAGAUCACUUGCCGCUUCCCGGGAUUCUUGUCUCGCGGCUCUACUUAAAUGUUAACGAUGCCCUAUAUUUUUUUAUGCCAUCGCCUUUUUUUUCUUUUUUGUACAUGGGACCAAUGAAAUUGGCCUCGGCCAGAGCGCACGAAAAUAUCUCGAUUUUUAUUUUUAGGAACGCGUCUGUGUACAUAGAUUAGUGAUUAGCGCGUAAGAUAUUCUACGUAUGUAGAAAAUGGAAAGUACUUGAGUAAACUAAGUAACCUGUAUUUGUUCCUCUCCUCGAGGACUAAAACAGACGAACAAAACAGAAAAAGAAAAAAAUGAUAAAAAACAAAAAACGAAAGAAACGAAUGUAAAGAAAGUAACUUAGCGCAGCGUCGGUAUGCGAAUUAUACGGGGUUACGUUGUGUCGCGUAAUCAUAGGUUUAGGAUGUGCCAUGUUGUGUACAGGGAACGCGCAAGAAGAUAACGAAAAAAGAAAAUAAUGACGGACACGUUUCGUUUUAGGGAAAUCGAAAUCGUUCGUGUUCACCUGAAAUUAAAAAAUGGAAAAAAGAAAAAAAAAGAAGGAAAGGCCGGAACACGGAUCCUUCGAGGCAUCGAAUUCGAGGCGUCCGAAUAGAGGAAAGGCUUGCACCAGCGUGCACGAGAUUCGCGGCCCCGUUCGUGGUGAAUAUAACGAAGAUGAAAUUUUUGAACGAUACGCGAGCUUCUGUGAUAAGAUGAGACCAAGUUUCAGACUGAGAAAUUAUUUAUCGUUUCCGACAACAGUACAAUUACACGAAUUUUUUUUAAUCUCGUUGCACGCCGAACGCAUUCUCUGACUCUUCGAGAUGUUUAAACCAAUACGUAUUCGUGUACAUUACGUUAAGUGUUAUUAAUAAUUACGUUAUUGAAUUCUCUCCUGUAAUAUAUUAUACACGUAUCGAUGAUUGCGUUGCCGAGCGUGUACUCCAGAGACGUGUACACGUUUAUCUAUGACAUCCUCGUCGGAUAUGAAAAGAAUGAAAAAAACGUGUCUUUCCGUAUGCCUCUCCCCACGUUGUUCCCGUCUCUACGAUCCCGUGUAAAAUCGGCAGAGAAAACCGCGAGCGUGAAUUCGAAAUUGUACAAUACUGUUCGAUAGCCGGGAUAAAAUAGCUGCGAGGAAUUGCAUUUGCCAUUCGGUUGUGGACAUAGAACUUAUAAAACUUUAUAAUAUCAUUAUAUAUCGUAAAGAAAUUAUUGUAAUA